AUGGCACAGAACCACGCAGCAUUCCUUGACGGGACCGGGAAACCUCUGAGAGUCGGCGCAAGUCCGAUGCCAAAAGCAGGAGCAGGCGAGCUUGUCAUUCGUAACCACGCCAUUGCCAUCAACCCAUUCGAUGGUUUUCAACAAGCAACCGGAGCCUUUCUGGAGUCGUUCCCCGUCGUUCUCGGCCACGACAUUGCCGGUGAGGUCUAUGAAGUCGGAUCUGGGGUCGCAAAAUUUCAGAAAGGCGACAGGGUCAUCGCUCACUGCUGGGGAACGGCCACCAAACAGCAUGAAGAUGCUGGCUUUGCGGAGUACUCAAGAGUCAAGGCCGGUGUGACAGCCGUACUGCCUCCUAGCAUCUCAUUCAUCGAAGGCGUCGCGAUGCCAGUGGCAAUUGGAACAGCAGCUUCUGCCCUAUAUGAUCACCUUCGAUUGCCGCUGCCUUCAGAUGAUGCUAUAACAACCGGCAAAGUGCUGUUGGUAUAUGGAGGAUCUUCUUCUGUCGGUCUCACAGCAACUCAGCUCGCAAGUGCUGCAGGCAUCAGGAUCGUUGCGAUCGCAAGCGAGAGAAAUCACAGUCUUUGCAAGGAGAUGGGUGCGAGCCAGGUUUUGGACCAGAAGGAUCCGGAUCUGGUCGAGAAAGUGGUAGAAUCCAUAGGCAAGAAGGACACUUUCGUCGGUAUUUUCGAUACAAUCUCGUGGGAGGAUACAUAUGCGAAUGACUACAAGAUCUUGGAAAAGCUUGGUAGCAGUAACUUGCUCAUCACUCAUCCGCUGCCCGAGAACGUACCAGCACACGUGCAAGCGAAGAUGGUAUUUGCGCUUGGUGAAUUUGCUUUUCCCGUCUGGGAGGAGUGGGUGCCGAAGGCUUUGCAAAGUGGCGCCUUGAAGUGUCGUCCGAAACCUUUAGUGGUAGGCAAGGGGCUGGAGAAGAUUCAAGAUGGUAUCGACAGGCAUGCAAAGGGCGUUAGUGCUCAGAAGGUAGUGGUGGAGCUGUGA